AUGCAAAAAUGCAAGAGAGAAUUCAGAGCGGCAACGGGAUUCUUUUCGGUAGAUAUGUUCGUUUUCUUAGACGAGAGUGGAUACGUAAGUUUCACAACUUUGGCCGCAUGGUCCUGUUAAAGCAAGUGUAUAAUAAAAAUAGCGAAUAUGCACUAAAUAAUAGACGUGUUUAUUUAUUUUAUAUUUCUAUACGUUUGCAGGAUAAAAGACUUUUAAGAUCGUAUGGAUACAAUUUAAAAGGACGACGUGCAAGAAUCAGAAGACGAUAUUCGCCUUUGGGACCACGUAUAACCGCGAUUCCAAUUAUCUGCAACGAAGGCUUGCUUGACGUCGCAAUGUAUGAAGGGCAUGUCAAUGGAGAAACAUUCCUUGAAUUUGUGAAUGAUGUAUUGAUCCCGUGCUUACUGCUGUUUGAUGGUUUUAAUCCUCGAUCCAUUGUGAUACUCGGUAAAGUAUUUAUUUUAUACCUGCAUGGUUUUAUCGUUUAA